AUGUUGGGCUUGAACCAUCUCGCUCUUGCUUUAAGCACCUUUUCCCUGGCUUGGACCCACCCAGUCCAACACAAACGGGCUGCCAUCCCUGGCAAGUACAUCGUCACUCUGAAGCCAGAGGCCGACGUCGGGAGCCACAUUACAUGGGUGAAUGGCAUCCAAGCCCGCAGCGUGCGACGCCAAGACGCUGACAGCGGCGUCACCAACUCAUAUGCUUUCAAGAGCUUCAGUGGCUACGCCGGCGCUUUUGACGAUGCCACCAUCGAGGAGAUCCGUAACAGUGCUGAGGUCGCCGCCGUGGAGGAGGACGCCGUCUGGGAGCUCUACGAGCUGACCACGCAGGCCGACGCGCCCUGGGGCCUGGGUUCCAUCUCCCACAAGGGGGAGAACUCGACUGAUUACAUCUACGACACCGAAGGAGGCGUCGGCACAUACGCCUAUAUCAUCGACACCGGCCUGCUGACGACCCACGUCGAGUUCGAGGGGCGCGCGUCUCUCGGCUACAACGCCUACCCGAACUCUGACUUUGUUGACCUGAUUGGGCACGGCACCCACGUUGCUGGCACCAUCGGCUCGCGCGCGUACGGUGUUGCGAAGCAGGCCAGCUUGAUAUCUGUCAGGGUGUUCGACACCGGUAGCUCCUCAACCUCGAUCGUCCUGGACGGCUACAACUGGGCAGUGAACAACAUCACCGCCGAAACGCGGGAGGCAACGUCCGUCGUCAGCCUCAGCUUGGGCGGCGGCUUCUCCGCAGCCUUCAACGCCGCCGUAGCAGCAGCCUACGAAGCAGGCAUCGCGACGAUCGUCGCGGCGGGCAACAACGGCGUCGACGCAAAGAGCUACUCGCCCGCCAGCGCGCCCGAGGCCAUCACCGUCGGCGCGGCCGCCAUCAACAACACCAAGCCCUCGUGGAGCAACUACGGCAGCAUCGUCGACAUCUUCGCCCCGGGCGUCGACACCCUCUCGUCGUGGAUCGGCUCCGACACGGCCACCAACACCAUCUCCGGCACCAGCAUGGCCACCCCGCACGUCUCGGGCCUGGUGCUGUACCUCAAGAGCGUGCUGGGCGGGCUCGAGGCCCCCGCUGACGUCGCUGCCAAGCUUACUGAGCUCGCGACUGAGGGCGUGCUCACUGGACUGGGGACUGGGAGCCCGAAUCUUUUGGCUUACAACGGGAACGGUGCUUAA